GUGACCAUGAACAAAUACGAAAAUUAUCUCUAUUUUCUUGCGUGGCCGUGCGCUAUUAUUUAUUCCGCAUAUCAAUUUUAUUCGUCGAGCGAUUAUUUCGACAACUAUUACGAUACGUACGGUGAUUUCGAUUCAGGAUGGACUUGGAUCAAGAGAAAACGAGACAUUUCUGAUCAAGAGUGGCGUAUAUGGCUUACACUGCUUAGUAGACUGGUACCAUGUACUUUUAUACAUCAUUUUGUCAGCCAAAUUACUAAAAUUAACAAUAAUAACAAUAUGAUAUUAUGCUGUUGGUAUAUUCUGGCAUCUGCAAUGUUCCUUUAUUAUUAUUUGGGUAUAUUAGGCUUCUUGUGUAUAUUGAUACAACCUAUAUUCUUGCAUAUAUUAACAAGUAUAUGCAGCAAGAGUACAGCAUGGUUUAUACAUGUAUUAUUCUUAUUUGUAAUACAUGUGUUAAAAAUACCAGAUGGUGCUUUCCAGAGCUGGCUAGAAUUCAAUGAUGAGCAGCAUUUUAUCUUGACACUUACAAUGUGUUGGAUGCAUCUAAGAAGUAUUAGUUAUAAUAUGGACAGUAUUGAUGGACAAUUAAGUGGCAUAAACAGGUUUAUCCAAAGACUGGCCUAUUGCUUGUAUCUACCUACGUUAUUUUUAGGGCCACUUAUUUUGUAUCACGAAUUUGUGGACUCUAUUAAUCAACCGUAUCGAUAUUGGAAUUAUAAAAAGCUGCAAACUUUCGUAUUAAAUUUGAUUAGAUACAUGUUCUGGAUAUACUUCACUGAAUUAUUAUUACACUUUCUUUAUAUAAAUGCGAUACAGUAUCAUCCACAGAUUGUGCAAAAUUUGAAUUCUUGGGCACUAUAUGGUUUAGGAUAUUGCAUGGGACAGUUCUUCCUGAAUAAAUAUGUUGUGAUCUAUGGAAUUUGCGGUAGUUUAUGUGCAUUGGACGAUAUAAAAGCGCCACCACAACCCAAAUGUAUAGGCAGGAUUCACUUAUACUCCGACAUGUGGAAACAUUUUGAUAGAGGAUUUUAUAAAUUUCUCGUAAGAUAUAUUUAUCUACCGAUUCAGAGGUCUCACGUGUACUUUGGGAAGCUGUUUGCGUCAUUUUCAUGUUUCACAUUUGUCAUUAUAUGGCAUGGGAUACAAAUGAAUAUCUUUAUUUGGUCAUUACUCAAUUUUUUAGGAAUAAUAAUCGAAAGUAUAGGGGUAUCAAUUGGUAAAAGCACAAAAUAUCGCAAAUUGCAAAAUAUGUAUUUGUCCUCGGUAAAUACUAGGAGAUUCCAUUGCAUGUUAGCGAGUCCUCUUCUAGCAAUGUCGGCCAUAUCAAACUUUUAUUUUUUCGGAGGGCAAGAAAUUGGAAAUAUUUUUAUACACAACAUAUUACACGGGUCUUGGGAAGUUUUGCUUGUCUUACUUUCUUUUCUUUAUUGCUGUUGUCAACUUUCCAUACAUAUCAAAAACUGGGAGUUGAAACGUAUUAAAGAAUGAAACUUUUAUAAAUUAACAGAAUACGUGAAUUCUGUUUUCUUAGUGGCAUAUUCAUAAAAGGAAUCAACUCUUUUUAUACGUAUCUACAACAUUUCUCUCUCAAGAUAUAUACUCCUUGAGAGACAUUGGAUGUAACAGGGAGAUUGCAUAUCAUGGAAUACAAAGUGUGUAAAAGUAAAAAUCCAUAUUGGAAUAUUUUUAGAAAUUUAUUUGUAAGUACAAAAUAUGUAGAAAAAUACGUUGUGUAAACAAACUUAUUGCGACUUAUAAUAUUAUGAUAUUUACGUUGAAUUAAGACUGACUAUACGAAUGUGAUACAUUUGAGUAUAAUUCCUUAUAGCGAUUAUAUAUAAAGACUCUACUCACUUUAUGAUCUGUUAGUGUGACACUAUAUAUAUCAUAUAGGCGUUUAACUUUAUUAGUCACCAUAUUCAUAUGUCAUUCUAUAUACCUAUAUAUGUAUAUACAUAAAUAUAUAUGUAUGGAUUCUUAUUUAUUAUGUUUUUUUUCUCCAUAAAAAUUUAUGUAAGGCACGUUUUACGACAUAAUAAUAAAAAUUUUUCCGGAUAUAUAAUCUAUCUUGUUCAUCUCUUAAGUGUGUGUACUGUACAUAUGCACCGGAUGUUAUUUUACAAUCAUCAAUCACUGUUAACAAUGUAAUAACUAUUACAUUUAAUUGUGUCUUCCUAUCAUAUGGGGUGUAUCGAUAUGUUUGUACACACAGUCGAACAAUUAUAUAUUGACGUUACAAGAAAUUAUGAAAAUAAUGUUAUACUACAGGUGUAACAGAGUUAAAUAUAUAUGGUAACCAUAUAUUGAUACAUCAAUUUUGUUUUAUUGCGUUUUAUAUGAAUAUAUGUAUGUUGCAAAUUAAUUUUAUCGACUUAUAUAAAUGUGAUAUUGUAGGGAAUAAAUUGACAUCUCUUGCUUGUAUUAAUAUAAAUAUGAUAAAAAAACAAUACCUAAAAAUUUAUAAAUGCAAUGAAAAAUAUGGUUCUUCAGUUAUAUUUGCAUAAUUAAAAUUGAAUUCAUAGAAACACAUCGAUUUCCGACAGCUUAAACUCGAAAAAAUGAAUGAAUCUGUAAUCUAAAAAUGCAGGAAAGCUGCGACAUUCUGCAGUACGUGUUGUACAUUUUGCAUUGUAUAUUGUACAGUGCACAGUUUAGAAAAGUUCAUAUUAUUUAACAUAAAAAUCUGUGGUACACAAAUUUUUUCUCGUGUGAAUCAAACGAUCACAGUAUAAUUUAUAAAUAUCUUUGUCUCGAAACAUAAUUUGUUCAUUUAAAUAAAAUAAAAUAUUGUUGGA